ACCCUUUAAUUUUGUUGGAACCUCACGGCAAACCGAUUCAAUCAAUUGACAAUCAACCCCCUCAUUCAAUUAUAAAACAUUACUCAUCAUGGCUAGCAUGGGAACACCUGCGGUUGUCAUGGAUAAUGGAACUGGGUUAACCAAGUUGGGAUUCGCUGGUAACGAUUCUCCAUCCUUUAUAUUUCCAACCGCCAUUGCAACUUCCACUCUUGGUGGAAAGUCCACCAAACUGUCCGCUUCCAAUUCAUCCUCUUUCUUGGCUUCCAAGAGAGGGUUGGAGGACUUGGACUUUUUUAUUGGUGAUGAAGCGUUGAGUGCUGCUAACGGGUCAAACUACAGUUUAUCUUAUCCGGUGAAACACGGUCAAAUAGAAAAUUGGGAUCACAUGGAAAGGUUCUGGGAAAACUCCAUCUUUAAGUACUUGAGGUGUGAACCUGAGGAUCACUACUUUUUGAUGACGGAACCUCCUUUGAAUCCUCCUGAAAACAGAGAAAGCACUGCUGAAAUCAUGUUUGAAUCCUUUAAUUGUGCUGGGUUGUACAUUGCGGUGCAGGCAGUGUUAGCAUUGGCGGCCUCAUGGACUUCCUCAAAAGCGAACAGAACUUUGACCGGUACUGUCAUCGACUCUGGUGAUGGUGUUACCCACGUUAUCCCAGUGGCAGAAGGAUAUGUGAUUGGUGGUGCCAUCAAAAAUAUUCCUUUGGCUGGUAGAGACAUAACUUUAUUCAUCCAAUCGAUAUUAAGAGACCGUGGAGAAGUUGACACCACAUUACAAACAGCCGAAAAGAUUAAACAACAGUUCUGUUACGUGUGUCCUGAUAUCGUGAAAGAAUUCAAGAAAUUCGAUCAAUAUCCCGAAGAAAAGUUUGCCCAGUACAUUGUUGAGUACACUGACAAAAAUAAAACCAAUACUGUUGAUGUAGGAUACGAAAGAUUCUUGGCUCCUGAAAUAUUUUUCAAUCCAGAAAUUGCCUCAUCUGACUAUUUGACUCCUUUGCCCACGGUGGUGGACCAAGUCAUCCAAGCAUCUCCAAUUGAUGUUCGUAAGAAUUUGUACAAGAAUAUCGUUUUAUCAGGAGGUUCCACUAUGUUUACCAGUUUUGGUAAACGACUUCAGAGAGAUUUGAAAGGAUUGGUUGACGAAAGAAUACAGCUCAGUGAAAGAUUAACUGGAAAUAAAAGUUCGGGAGUUAAGGUUGAAGUCAUAUCACAUAAAAAACAGAGAAAUGCCGUCUGGUUUGGGGGAUCAUUGUUGGCCCAAACUCCAGAAUUCAAGAGCUAUUGUUACACCAAACAAGAUUAUGAUGAAUAUGGGCCAAGCAUCGUCAGAAACUUCUCGUUGUUUUCAGUUCCAUCUUGAUAAAAACUAGACUAACUAAAAGAAACUAAGUAUUCAAUUUUAUAUUAUUACAGCCAU